AUGCUACAAGGGCACCUAUUCAAACAAUGGCUUCUCAUAUCUAUACUGAUUAUCACCCACUUCCACAGUGUUUCCUACCUUACUGAAAGGUCCAUCAUCACACCGACAAAUCGAAAUGUCACAGAACUCAACUCCCAUAUGCUUGCUUUGCUUCCAGGGCAACCACAAACCUAUUUUAGUAGUGACACUCUUCAUACAGAUUCAACCGAUCCAAACCGCCUCGAGGCAGAAUAUCCAACUGAAUUUCUUAACAACCUCUCUUUCAAUGGAUGUCCGGAACACCAGAUUGACUUGAAAAUCUUUGCACCUAUCAUGUUAUUGAGGAACUUGAACCCAGAAAUCGGAUUAUGCAAUGGCACCAUGCUUAUGGUUGUUUACUUGGGACACUAUGUCAUAAAAGGAAUAAUUAUGGGCGGUGCCUUUGAUGGUAAAACUGUUGCCAUUCCCAGGAUUGUUCUUAACAUCAAUGAUUGCCGAUGGCCAUUUAUUCUCAAACGACGACAAUUCCCAGUCCGACUUUGCUAUGCUAUGACGAUUAAUAAAAGCCAAGGUCAAACACUUCAAAGUGUUGGGGUGUAUCUGCCAAAGCCUGUGUUCAGUCAUGGUCAGUUGUAUGUCGUUGUCUCUCGGGUUAGAUCACCUGCUGGCCUACGCUUUCUCAUUGUUAACGAAGACGGGAUUCCCUCCAAUUAUACUCGCAAUAUUGUGUAUCAAGAAGCUUUUGCCGACAUUCAACCGCAUGUUCCUCAUGAAUAA